AUAAUUAGCGAUAACUGGAUUUGACCAGUGGACAGGAUAACUCAUGAUUCUCAUCCAGAAGAACCUUUCUUCCUUCGUCAGUUUUGAGCAUCAAGAUUUUGGAAAUGCACAUGUGUUUAAUUGUACUGCAUGUAACAUUACCAAUAGCAGCUCUUAAAGUGCAAGAGACAAAGGUGAAUUAUUGUACUCCUACUUUGAAAAUGACAACAGUACAUAAUCUGUUCUGAAUAUUAGAUUUAUACAUCAGCAAUGAAAUCUGGUUGUAGUCCUUCAAGUUAUUGUACUUCAUUUUUAACAGAUUUAUUGGAUAAUCAUUUGUAAACAAUUUCGCGGCAAGAGUCGUCAGUUGUACGUAUUGUCAUUACAGAACAAGGUUAUGCAUCAUUCUUGUAUGUCAUUAUGUAUUCACUGAAAAUAUAAGGUUGGUAUAUUUUAAAGUGGCUCUGUUUGAAUGAAGAAGUGUUUAAAGCAGUGAUACAGGGAAGUUUUGGUAUUACAACCUCUAUAAAAUUCACAAGCAGAAUCUUUAAUAAUGCUGCUCAUAAAGAAAUAACAAAAAUCUAAUACUACUGGAAAGUGUGACAAUGUGGCACAUGGGCUGAAAGUGGAUGCUGGUGCUUUGCAAAGCAAGUAGCAUGCACAAGGUCCUAGGGUAAGCAGUGCAGAGCUUGGAUUUCAACCUGUAGUAUACUGGAGAAAAGAUGUUGUGAACAUUGAAAGACAAAAGGCUAAAAUGAAUCCAGACCAUUCUUUAGAAUUUCCUUUGAAAAGUGAAAUGGAAGAUGCGUCAUCACACCCUUCCAUGAAUCAGGAAAACAGCAACAUGGCUGCUUUUAGUGAAACGAGUAAUGAUAACGUAUCGUCUCUAGAUCCACUGAUGGUCGUCAAAGCAGAGCUAGAGGUUUUCUGUGACUCUAAUGAAGAUGGUGAAUAUUCAUAUGAAAGGAAUUCAGUAGUGAAUGAAAAAGAUCCACUAACUUUGGAAAAUGAAGUAGAACAAGAAAGAAGGAAUAGUCAUAAUGGAGAGAAACCUCUCGGGUCCACUGACUGUGAGAAAGCAUCUAAGAAGAAAGUUAAUCUUACAAGAAAUAUCACGAGUCCUACCAAAGAGAAAACGUUCCUAUGCAAUGAAUGUGGGAAAACAUUCUCCAUGAAACAGCAUUUUACAGAUCAUAUGAGAAUUCAUACUGGAGAAAAGCCAUUCGUUUGCAAAGAAUGUGGGGAAUCUUUUUCCAGGAAAUCAAAUCUUUCAGUUCAUAUGAGAAUUCACACUGGAGAAAAGCCGUACGCAUGCAAGGAAUGUGGGAAAGCAUUUUCCCAGAAACCGGCUCUUACACGUCAUAUGAGAAGUCACAGUGGAGAGAAGCCAUUUGUGUGCAAGGAAUGUGGGAAAGCAUAUUUGGGGAAACAAGAUCUUACAUGUCAUAUGAGAAUUCAUACUGGUGAAAAGCCAUUCACGUGUAAGGAAUGUGGGAAAGCAUUUUCCUGGAAACUAAGUCUUACAGUUCAUAUGAGACGUCAUACUGGAGAGAAGCCGUUCACGUGUAAGGAAUGUGGGAAAGCAUUUUCCAAUAAACAAAAUCACAUAGAUCAUCUGAGAAUUCAUACUGGAGAAAAGCCAUUUGUAUGCAAGGAAUGUGGGGAAGCAUUUUCCUGGAAUCAAAGUCUUACAGUUCAUAUGAGACUUCAUACUGGAGAACAACCAUUCAUGUGCAAGGAAUGUGGGAAAGAAUUUUCUAGGAAAUCAAAUCUUACAGUUCAUAUGAAAAUCCAUACUGGAGAAAAACCAUUCAUAUGCCAGGAAUGUGGGAGAGCAUUUUCCAAAAAACCAGAUCUUACACGUCACAUGAAGAUUCACACUGGAGAGAGGCCAUUCGUAUGCACGGAGUGUGGGAAAGCAUUUUUCAGGAAACCAGAUCUUAAAGUUCAUAUGAGAAUGCAUAAUGGAGAGAAGCCAUUCGUAUGCACGGAAUGUGGGAAAGCAUUUGCUAGGAAACCAGAUCUUACAGUUCAUAUUAGAACUCAUACUGGAGAGAAGCCAUUCCUGUGCACGGAAUGUGGGAAAGCAUUUUUCAGGAAACCAGAUCUUAAAGUUCAUAUGAGAAUGCAUAAUGGAGAGAUGCCAUUUGUAUGUACGGAAUGUGGGAAAGUAUUUUCCAGGAAAACAGAUCUUAUAGUUCAUAUUAGAACUCAUACUGGAGAGAAGCCAUUCGUGUGCACGGAAUGUGGGAAAGCAUUUUCCAAGAAACCACGGCUUACUGAUCAUAUGAGAAUUCAUACUGGAGUUUAGCCAUUCAUGUGUACAGACUGUGGGAAAGCAUUUUCCAGGAAACAUAUUCUUACAGAUCAUGGAAGAUUCCACACUGGAGUGAAGCCAUAAAUGUGCAAGGAAUUGUGAAGCCUUUUUGGGCGCAUUACCAUUACAAGCGAAGAGAUAGAUAAGCCAUUCUGGAGAAAAACCUUUUUAUUUCAAGGAAAUAUAUGAAGAUUUUUUCCACUAAAUUUCCUUGUACAAGACACAAGAAUUCAUACUUGAAAGAAGCUAUUUGUGCAAGAAUGUGGGAGAGUAUAUUCCAGGAAACAUAAAACAUUCGGGAGAAUUCAUACUGGAAAGUAGCCAUUUUUAGUAAAGCCUCACUUAUCUGCUGUAAUAUAUCCAAGGCUCUUGUGGAGAUUGGAAAUUUGUGGAUAUGGAAUAAAAACUCCUCAUGGAUGUGAAAUGUCAAUUAUUUGGAAUUAAUCUUACUUUCUGUUGAGGUUUGUAGCAAUUGCACAAAUGUAAUUUGAAGAAUAAUCUCUGCAUUUGGAUUGCUCUCUCUCUCUCUCUCUCUCUCUCUCUCUCUCUCUCUCUCUCUCUCUCUCUCUCUCUCUCUCUCUCUCUCUCUCUCUCUCUCUCUCUCUCUCUCUCUCUCUCUCUCUCUUUUGCAGAUUUAUUUUUAAAUGUAAGUAUAGUAUUUAUUAAUUUUCAUUAUUUUCUGUUAUAUUUAAUUUUUUGAAGUUACAUUGGUCUACCUAUAGGAAUUAAAGGGCUCAUUGAUUUAUAAUUUAUUGAUCAUUUUAUACCUGUGCAUAUCCUAUUAUAAAUUUUAUUGUAAAACUUGUGAAAUUGUUGAAAGUAGUAACAGGUUUUGUUGCAUUUUUUUCCUUCAUGUUCUUGGAAAUUAGAAUGUCUGUGGUUCCUUUAAUUCUUUGCCAAUUUGGUAGAUGGUUCUCUCACUAAAUCCUUUUGCUUCUACUGUGUGUUUUGUAGCCCGUGCGUGAUGAGCUGAAGCUCCUUCUUGGGCUAUUUCCUUGGAGGAGUAUUUGUGGAAAUUAUAUGUAACUUCCUUUGUUUGAGGGCUGAUGCAUCAUUCUUGGGAGACAUUCCACUGUUUCUUGUGUUGACCUAGAGGUCCUUUAAUGGAAGGGGCUAAUCCAUGUUUAUUGAUCCAAAACUAUAAUUGUUUCUUGCUCACCAUCACUUUAAGGUAAAUGCAGAUAUGGCAGAAUGUCAGGAAAGCACUGUCAAUUUGUCUUAAUAUUUUCAUAUUGUUUCUAACAAUAUUUUUACCAAAAAGCUGCCAUCAAUUAUAAUAUGUUUCUUAAAUAAAUCCUGUUUUUAAAGAAUUGAAA